GAUUGGCCCCCUGCAUUAUGAAAUAGCAUCCUAUUCUGCCUAGUCUGAGUUCCCCAGGUUUGUUAAGUGUGUUAGCUUCUUCACACUUUUAUGUUUUAGCUAACGCUGCUUUCUUACGAUAUCACCAUGUCGGUGGCGUUCGCACCUCACAGGCAGCGUGGGAAAGGCGACAUAACACCCGCGGGAAUACAAAAGCUACUCGACGAGAACAACCAUCUGAUCCAGUGUAUAAUGGACUUCCAGAGUAAAGGCAAAACAGCAGAGUGUUCACAGUAUCAACAGAUGUUGCACAGAAAUUUAGUGUACCUCGCCACGAUAGCAGACUCCAAUCAAAACAUGCAGUCUCUCCUCCCCGCUCCACCCACUCAAAACAUGCCCAUGGGCCCUGGUGGGAUGAACCAAAGUGGACCUCCCCCCCAGCCUCCUCAUGGUCACACCAUGCCCUCUGAGGGUAUGGUCAGCGGUGGCCCUCCAGCCCCACACAUGCAGAGCCAGAUGAAUGGACAGAUGCCUGGGCCUAAUCACAUGCCCAUGCAAGGUCCAGGUCCUAACCAGCCCCCAAACAUGCCCAGUGGCUCUAUGAAUAUGCCCCCUAGCAGUCAUGGCUCGAUGGGUGGUUACAAUCACACCGUCCCCUCUUCUCAGGGCAUACCAGCUCAGAGCCAAAUGAACAUGACCCAGGGCCAACCCAUGGGAAACUAUGGUCCACGGCCAAACAUGAACAUGCAGCCCAAUCAAGUAAUACAGACUGACUCCCCCAGUAAAUCCAGCCCCAUGAUGCACCAGCAGCCUCCCUCCCAGCAGUAUAACAUGCCUCCUGGUGGUGGUGGGCAGCACUACCAAGGACAACAGAACCCUAUGGGCAUGAUGGGUCAGGUCAACCAGGGCAACCAUGUCAUGGGGCAGAGGCCAAUGCCGCCCUACAGACCUCCUCAGCAAGGACCCCCUCAGCAGUACCCAGGGCAGGAAGACUACUAUGGAGACCAGUACAGUCACGCAGGACAGGGAGCCUCAGAAGGUAAUGCCCAGUAUGGCCAACAACAAGAAGCAUACCAGCAAGGCCCUCCUCAGCAGCAGGGCUACCCUCCCCAGCAGCAAUACCCAGGUCAGCAGGGCUACCCACCACAGCAGCAGGCUUACGGUCCUUCCCAAAGUGCCCCCGGGCAGUAUCCCAACUAUCCUCAGGGGCAGGGACAGCAGUAUGGGGGCUAUCGCCCUCCUCAACCUGGACCCCCACAGGGCCAGCAGCAACGCCCUUACGGUUAUGACCAAGGGCACAUGAGGAAAUAAAGACCCGGGGAUUUGAACCCCUGACUAGCUCUAUAAGAAGCAAAGGGCCAGUACGGAAAUUACCAGCAAUGAGAGAAGGUCACAGCAACCCACACAGCUCUGCUCUAAUCUCUGUCUGAGCUUUGACUUCCGGUCAAUCGCUCAGCAGACUUUAAAGAUUGUUGCAGCUCACUGAGAUUCUCUCAGACAUGAACAUACAAAACUCGAAAACACAAGAUACGUUUGCCCCCCUCUCUUUAGGCUCUCAUCCUUUGCCUGUAUUAUGUAUUCUGUUGAUCAUGUACAUGGACUUGAUCAGUGUCAAAGUCUGUGACUCUCCCUCUGUUCCAGUAUGUCUCAAAGCAGCAAUGCCUUAAAAAAUGGAACUGCCUUAUCCUUCAGCAUUGCAGAUUGUGAAACGAGCUAACAAAAUUCUUUUUUUGGGAUAUCAGAGAUUUAAAUGUACAGUUUCAAUCUACUGUGGUGCAUUGUUUCUCUAUUGUUCAGCUCCACGUUCAUAAGAAGCAAUAAUGCCAGCAGUAGAGAACCGUGUGGGGGCUUAACAUACGAAAUAAUGCACCGGACAAACUUCCCGCUAGGCCAUGGUACAUGUCUUGAUGUAUGUGAUGAUGUAAAAAUAUAUUUUAUGCUUUUUAGACCAAGCUAACUUUGUAUAAGACAUCAGAAACUAGUACUAAAGCUGUGUUGUUUAUUUCAUCAAGUGUAUGUGUCAGUGUUUUUUAUGAUCUUAAAAUGAUGAUCCCAUCCAGCACAUUGUUUGUUUUUUUAUUUCUCUGUUGUGUUGAAUUGGAUCUGAUAAAUCAAUGACAUGGACACUGUAAAAGAAAAUCUGUAAAAAUGGCCAAACACCAACAGUGCACCUGGUAUUAAGAAGUAUUAAACAUGUGACAGUUGCUAUAUUGUUUGUUUUUCGGUUGGUUUUUUUUAAAAAUAUAAAUGAAAUUUGGAUCAUGAAUAGUUUUUUCCAACCAAAUUACCUGACGCAUUAAUCAAUGCUGCAUCUAUGUGUUCAAAGAGGUGAUAUGUAGCAGAUCUCACUGCAAAAUGUAAAGUAAUUCUCUAUGGAGCCUUUUUUCUUCUCUACAAGCACCUCAGUCUUGUCCAUUGACUGCAAAUCGGUUUAAUAAAUAUUUCCGACGAGUAGAUUAUUUUGUCAGUUUUGACGAUGCUGGAACCCCCCCCUCCCCCUUUUUUUUAAUAAAUGUCUAAGUUGAUGUCAUUCGAAUAGUGUUGUGUGUGAAUAAUAAAGAUUGUUACUGUCAAAUAUGUAACAUAAGAUGUGAAAAUAAUGUUCUGAAAUGGAUUCCUUAAUUUCACAGUAAAGACUGGUGCAGUUUUAUAUCACUGGCUUGAUAUCUGUUUUACGGUGCAUACUUUAUCAAUCCCAUAUGUACAUCAGCAGAAAGAAGAGGAAUCCCACGUCCUCUGGGUAUUGUUUAUAUAUGGCUGUUUUAAUAUUUUCCAUUCUCAAUUCAUCCAAGUGGUGGUCACAUUUGUGUCAUGGCAAUGUAUAACUGUACAUUAAAAUAAAUUGGAAGAAUCUUUAAUAUA